AUGUCAUUGGAUGCGACGCUCGAGAACAUCAAUGACACGUUGCAACAGGUGGCGAGUCUUCUGAAGGCUGUCGAGAUCGCCGUCUUCAUUUUGGCGGUGGCGGUGGGCAUCGCUCUGAUUGGCUGCACACUGGGAUUCUUCUACGGAAAGUACAACCAACGUCAUCAGUACAAGGAGCUGAGCAAUGGCGGCAGCCCGAAUACAACGAUCACGCGAAGCCCGCCGAUGAAGAGUCAGAGGGUCUAA